UCCCCUUCCAUGUCGCCGUCGUUCUCCACCUCCACCUCCUUCACCACCUCCUCCUCCUCUUCCACCACGUCCUCCUCUUUCACCAUGUCCUCUUUCUCCACCACGUCCUCCUCCUUCACCACGUUCUCUUUCUCCACCACGUCCUCCUCCUUCACCACGUCCUCUUUCUCCACCACGUCCUCCUCUUUCACCAUGUCCUCUUUCUCCACCACGUCCUCCUCCUUCACCACGUCCUCUUUCUCCACCACGUCCUCCUCUUUCACCAUGUCCUCUUUCUCCACCACGUCCUCCUCCUUCACCACGUCCUCUUUCUCCACCACGUCCUCCUCUUUCACCAUGUCCUCUUUCUCCACCACGUCCUCCUCCUUCACCACGUCCUCUUUCUCCACCACGUCCUCCUCUUUCACCAUGUCCUCUUUCUCCACCACGUCCUCCUCCUUCACCACGUCCUCUUUCUCCACCACGUCCUCUUCCUUCACCACGUCCUCUUUCUCCACCACGUCCUCUUCCUUUGCAUCUCUUUGA